AUGACGCUCCCGGGCAGUGAGCGCUGUCGGCAGUGCUCUACACUGAGAGGGGGUGGUACUGCAAUGAUUUUGGCCGUGUUGCUGCAUUUUUCUCUCUUCUGCCUUUCUUCCUGUUUUUUGAGUGAUCAAGAUAGCCUUCAUGAGCUACUUCUUGGCUCUGAUAAUGGAGCAGCAGUGGCGUUUUCGAGCCUACUGCCACAACCACAGAUGGACAAGUUGGAGAUAUCUCUCAGCUCCGAGGAGUCGUCAACAAACGAAAAGGAAGACCAUCUAACAUCUGCGGCCAACGUCAGAAGACUCAUGGAAUUCAUUAGUACCAUGAACCCUAGUGCCCGCGGAGAGUUUCAUAUGCAAGCCAACAGCGGGGUGGACCCCAUUGUACGCUUCCUUAGAGGUUGCCUCAACGGACUAGCAGGGAGACUUCUAAAGCUCCAGGACGAAAAGCUUAAUAUUGAUUAUGAAGAGUUCAAGAAACAAGGCUGCAUAGCGUAUGCUAAAUUUAAUCUGGAUGGAAUGAAAGGAAUUGUGGCUCUCUUUCCGUCUUCUUUCCUGGCCCGUCUGACUUUGUCUGUGCCUCACCUCUCCCCCCUCUUUCAGCAAGUCUUGCAGACUCCUUGCGUCACCCCAAUCGGUCUGUCGGUGCACGAAAAGAGCAACACAAGUUUGUCACACGAAGGUUCUUUCAACAAUAAUGGCCAAUGCAACAAAGAGAAGGUCGGAGGCAGGCAUGACCCCGGUCUGGCCUGCGGCCCCGACGGCGCGGAGCUCUGCGAAGCUCUAUCCAUUCCCCCCUUCGACAAGGAAACAGGGAAAAGAAAACAAGGGGCGGCAUAUUCAUGCAGUAGCACCCAGUACAACGCUCUCCCCUUCUCCUGCCAUGCUGGGGACCUGACAGGAAAAUUUGGCCCCGGGACAGAUGUCUCACCCUCUCCCUUAUUGGUAGACUUGCGCCAGGUGGCCUCGGACGAGACGGCAGACAAUCCUUGUAGUAUUGGCGAACAUUCACUUCCAGUUGUGAUAAGCUGUCACGCCAGUGGCCGCAGGCUCGCCUGCGCACCGCUGCAGGUCCUCGGCACUGAUCCUCAGCUCGUGGUGCCCACGCUACAAGAACUGGUCUUAGAGAUAACGACGGCCCUGCCAAAUAGCCCCACAGUGCAAGAGAUGAUGGGGGCAUUGAAGGUGGCAGUAGAGCUAGAGUCAAGAAUUAAGUUUCUUGAAGCUUUAGCCACGGGUUCUCCUCUUCCUAAGCCGCCAGUACCACUUCCACCCCCUCCUCGAACCACCACUACUACGUGCGCAGCCACCACAAGCCCCGGUACCACAACAACUACUCCACAACCCACCCCCACGCCCACAACUUCCACGACGACCACCACCACAACCACCACGACUACAACUACCACGACAACCACUACUACAACCACGACCACGUUUCCAACUAUUACCACUACGACCACCCCUGUAAUUACCACCACCACCAGUGUGACUACCACCACUCAUAAAGCAAUUCCGGGACCUCCCACCAUGCCAGACCCUGUAAGGCCCCCUGGGAUGCCACCUCGCAGGAGACGCCGACCCAUCCCUCCUCCCCCAGCGCCGGCGCCCCCUCCGGAACCGUCGCCCAUCCCCAAGCCUCCUACCCCUACUCCGCAGCCAAAUCCAAGGCCCCCCACCGACCCUAACCCUGCACCACAGCCUCCUGGCCCGACUCCACCCCCGCGUAGGAGGCGUAGGAGGCCCUGGGAGCCCGAGCCGCGCACGUACUAUGACAUCAUGUUGCUUCUUUUCCCCCAGCCGUUUUUUUCAAGCGCUUCUCAAACUGCAUUGUCCGAGUUUACGAGCUCUUUCCCAGAUGUUCACGCUGUGACAGCUGCUGUCGCAUCAAACAAAUCCAACACGCAGCCUACAGCACCAAAAGCAGGCUGUUCCGCCCCUCCCUGUGUCAGUGAUAUCACAAGCGCAGUGGCAUUAGAGCUGGAGGUCCCCUUAGCUCGGGAGGAGAACACAUUAGCCAGGCAUUUUCCGGUCAAGGUAGAAGAAGCUGAUAAGCCCGUUUCACAUUCACAGCAACGGCUAAAGACAGCAAUCGAAACCCUCCUGUCUAGCCUAGAAGCCAAAGUGAAGCAACUCCGUACUCAACUGCCGCUUCACUACGACGAGCAAAAGUUUAGAGAGCUAGGCUGCAUCGCGGUGGCGUCCCCCUCCUUACGCGCCUUUAACGGUGUGGUAGGCCUCUUUCCUUCCGCGUUUUUGGCACGUUUGUCGGUCUCUCUGUCGCCCGUCGAGUCUGCCUUCGGUCGCGCAUGCAACGGAAGCAUUACCCCGUUGGCCUUAAACCUGCAUAGUUACAGGAAUCCAGCUAUAGCUCCAACGGGCUGUUUCAAUCUCACAGGUCAGUGCAGCAGCCGCGCCGUGGGCGGAAUCUACACACCCACGCCCACAGCAUCUCCCACUUUCUACGAGCUCAAUAGCAGCAGUUCUGCUGCUGAUCCACAAGCAGCGGUGCGGCGAAGUGACUGCGGCGGCCCCUGUUUCACCCCCGGACAGGGACCGCCUGUGCCGUUGCAAGGCUGCAACCCCAGCACGUAUAGGCUGCGGCCUUUUACGUGUCGGCCUGGUCACUUUGUUGGUAAAUUUGGGCUGCCGAAUGAUGUAGCCUCUUCCGCUGUUUUCGCUGAUUUGAGAGUUAUUGCACUCGACAGACAUUCCGAGAGUCCUUGCGUCAUAGGCGAGGCAAACCUGCCUCUUGUCCUGUCCUGCUCCGCCACAUGCGCAGCCCUGGCUUGUGUGCCUUUCCGCCGCUUGGAGACCUUACAGCAAUCUGCCGUAUUGGACAGUUUGGAUUUGCUGUUGGGAGCAGCAGCAGCAGCAGCAACCGUCACAAAUACUAACCAGCAGAUGCAGGCUCUUCUUAGCAUUAUCAGUGAACUUGAAAUACGAAUCAAUUUCCUCUUCUGUGGCCGCUAA